UCUGGGUGAUUGUGCGCCUGCCUAGCUCAUGAUCACACGGUAUUUAAGUUCUCUGCUGAUAUUAUAACGUUUAUUCCCAAAACUGCACAUCGGAUUGUCUGGAAGGAUGCGCCAAUUCACUAUGUUGCCGCUACUCGUCCUCUGCGUUUGUACUUUGUCCACUACAGGGGAUGAUCUGUCUUCUAAAGUGUCUAUGCUUGAAGAAAAGGUGAAGACACUGGAGACCUAUAUAUUCCUGGUAAAACAAUGGAGUCCUAUAUGAUCCAGGUAUGAAAAUGGAGUCCUAUAUGUUCCAGGUAAGACGAUAGAGUCCGAUAUGUUCCAGGUAAGACAAAGUAGUCCUGUAUGUUCCAGGUACAAUGGAGUCCUAUAUGUUAUAGGUAAAACAAUGGAGUCCUAUAUUUCCCAAAUAAGACAAUGAAGCCCUAUAUGUUCCAGGUAAGACAAUGUAGUCCUAUAUGUUCCAGGUAAGACAAUGGAGUUCUAUAUGUUCCAGGUAAGACAAUGGUGUCCUAUAUGUUCCAGGUAAGACAAUGAAGCCCCAUAUAUUCCAGGUAAGACAAUGGAGUCCCAUAUGUUCCAGGUAAGACAAUGGAGUCCGAUAUGUUCCAGGUAAGACAUUGGAGUCCGAUAUGCUCCAGGUAAGACAAUGGAGUCCUAUAUGUUCCAGGUAAGACAAUGGAGUCAUAUAUGUUAUAGGUAAAACAAUGGAGUCCUAUAUGUUCCAGGUAAGACAAUGGAGCUUUUUAUGUUCCAGGUAAGACAAUGGAAUACUAUAUGUUCCAGGUAAGACAUUGGAGUCCGAUAUGUUCCAGGUAAGACAAUGGAGUCCUAUAUGUUCCAGGUAAGACAAUGGAGUCCUAUAUGUUCCAGGUAAGACAAUGAGGUAAGACAAUGGAGUACUAUAUGUUCCAGGUAAGACAAUGGUGUCCUAUAUUUUCAGGUAAGACAAUGGAGUCCUAUACGUUCCAGGUAAGACAAUGGAGUCCUAUACGUUCCAGGUAAGACAAUGGAGUCCUAUACGUUCCAGGUAAGACAAUGUAGUCCUAUAUGUUCCAGGUAAGACGAUGUAGUCCUACAUGUUCCAGGUAAGACAAUGGAGUCCUAUACGUUCCAGGUAAGACAAUGUAGUCCUAUAUGUUCCAGGUAAGACAAUGUAGUCCUACAUGUUCCAGGUAAGACAAUGGAGUCCUAUACGUUCCAGGUAAGACAAUGGAGCCCUAUACGUUCCAGGUAAGACAUUGGAGUCCGAUAUGUUCCAGGUAAGACAAUGGAGUCCUAUACGUUCCAGGUAAGACAAUGGUGUCCUAUAUUUUCAGGUAAGACAAUGGAGUCCUAUACGUUCCAGGUAAGACAAUGGAGUCCUAUACGUUCCAGGUAAGACAAUGGAGUCCUAUACGUUCCAGGUAAGACAAUGGAGUCCUAUAUGUUCCAGGUAAGACAAUGGAGUCCUAUAUGUUCAAGGUAAGACAAUGGAGUCCUAUAUGUUCCAGGUAAGACAAUGGUGUUCUAUAUGUUACAGGUAAGACAAUGGUGUCCUAUAUGUUCCAGGUAAGACAAUGGUGUCCUAUAUUUUCAGGUAAGACAAUGGAGUCCUAUACGUUCCAUGUAAGACAAUGGAGUCCUAUACGUUCCAGGUAAGACAAUGGAGUCCUAUACGUUCCAGGUAAGACAAUGGAGUCCUAUAUGUUCCAGGUAAGACAAUGGAGUCCUAUAUGUUCCAGGUAAGACAAUGGAGUCCUAUACGUUCCAGGUAAGACAAUGGAGUCCUAUAUGUUCCAUGUAAGACAAUGGAGUCCUAUAUGUUCCAGGUAAGACAAUGGAGUCCUAUAUGUUCCAGGUAAGACAAUGGUGUCCUAUAUGUUCCAGGUAAGACAAUGGAGUCCUAUAUGUUCCAGGUAAGACAAUGGAGUCCUAUAUGUUCCAGGUAAGACAAUGGAGUCCUAUAUGUUCCAGGUAAGACAAUGGAGUCCUAUAUAUUCCAGGUAAGACAAUGGAGUCCUAUAUGUUCCAUGUAAGACAAUGGAGUCCUAUAUAUUCCAGGAAAUAAAUGCUCUCAAAAACUCCAGUGGCUUGGAGGAUUUAAACAGUUCAAGACCGCAGCAUGGGCGAAUGCUUGAAGAUGAUGAUGUUCUGGUUGAUCAAAUAAAAGGUAUUAUUCGAUCAGAAAUGAAAGAGCAAAAAAUAAAAUUAGAAGUCUAUGUAGCCAAUGAAGUAGAUAAAAUGAAAUCAAAGGCUUUGGCUGACAUUGACGGAAUUAAAACUGCUUUAAACAUUCAAAUCGGUGUAAUGAAAGAAAGAACCGUCAGCGAAAUGAGAGUUUUAGUCUCCAAACGGUAAGAGGAUAUUGAUAUAGAGACCCGAAAAACUAGUGCAGCGGUUAAUAUGAGUGUACAAGUUGCUCUAGAUACACUAGAUGAGGAUGGUAAACGUCUGUCACUGAAACUUGAGGAUGAGUUGAAUGCAACUAACACAAAUGUUCUAAAUGACGUUCAAAGUCUAAAUUUGAACUUUUCAUCCAACAUUGAAAACCUUUUAGUGCGAACCGAUUCCACUUUAACGACCAUCACAAGAGCCUUUGCGAAACAAAAACUUAUGAUGAACACCGUAUCGGCUGACAUUGCAAGAAAAUCCGCGCUGCUUGAGAAUGACGUAAGGCAAGCAGUUAGCGAGAUGAAAGAACACAUGGAAAAUAAAACUUUGGAAAUUGAGCAAGUUCAAUACAUUGCAACAACUAACCUGACAUCAUUUAUUGAAAACGCGUCUAGUUUGAUCGAUCAAAAGAUGGAUGUGAUAGACGAAAAAGAAGUACAGUUAAACCAGAGCGCUACAGAUGCUAUUGUGGAACUCAUAACACAGUUUGAAACGCAGUCAGAUAAUCUCGGCGACCGAGUUAAUGUUAGCUUGUUAAACGUUGUUAACACUUUAGAAACAAUAAAUACUUCAGUUUAUCACAAAAUUGAAACAAAGUUUAGUACUUUAAAAAAUGACAUUAAUGCAAAGGUUAGCCGAAGUGAAAGUGUUCUGGCAGGAAGAAUAUCUUCAAACAGACGAUACACAGACAGUAGUAUAAGUAGUGUCCGGUCGAGCAUAAGUAGUGUCCAGUCGAGCAUUAGUAGUGUCCGGUCGAGCAUAAGUAGUGCUCAGUCGAGCAUAAGUAGUGUCAGGAGCAGUGUAAACAGCGCUCAAACAAAUAUAAAUGAGAUGAAAGUGAUUAUGCGUUUACCAGGGAUGUACUUAAUAAAUGUAUAUUAUCCAUACAAAAAAGAUGUGUUUGAACCUAGUUUGCGUUUGAACAACAUUUCUCCUUACGGUUCUUAUGGUAUACAAGGCCGCGUUGAAGUUUAUCACGCUAGUAGUUGGGGCACAGUUUGCGACGACGGCUUCUCUGGGACACAAGGGCAAUAUAACCUGAAUGUUCUUGUUAAACAGUUCAGCUUUAUACAUGGUGAAUACGUUACAAGCGUAUGGGGGAGGGAAUUGGGGAAAUAUGGUUGGAUGAUGUUAAAUGCAAGUCAGAUUCCACCAAUUUUCGACACUGUCCUAGUAACAAUUGGGGAGUUCAUAAUUGUGCCCACAGUGAGGAUCUUGGUCUCAAACUUUGGAGAUAAAACCGUAUUUUGUGAUAAAUUUAAAACGCACAAGGGAAUUAUUUGUAUGAGAAUAUGCACAGCUGAUAUAUUUCUGACACUAUAAAGUCUAUAAACAUAUUUUCACUGUCAUGUCACUACCUGAGCGGAUAUUAUGUCCGUUAUGUGUAGUUGUGUUCACAUUUUAACUUUCAACAAAGCCUUAACUUUUAAGCCUCCAUUUAUGGUGAUCACACAUUUGUUUGUGAAAUAUGUAUUUUUGUGUUUCAUAGUAACAUAUUGGAAGUUAACAUACUAUGAUAAAUUGAUUUUAUUUUAAAUAACUAUGUCUUGUCAUAUUUAAGUAAGUGUUUUUUUGUAAUAGUUUGUUAUUCGUUCCAGAUGUUUGACAACUCUUGCAUUAUGUUAUUCAUAAAUAGUUGAUUGUUGCAAUUUUGAACCAACUAAACCGACCCGUAUACAAAAUAUACAGUGAAAUUUGAAAAGAAAUACAUAGUUUUAAACACGAAAGUACUAGACAAUUUGAUAGGGCAAUGUCAAAGUAGAAGAAAAAUUAAGAAAUUUUGAAAACAAAAUUGUUAAAAUAAAAAGGCAAUUACUUAUUUGGUACUGUCUUAAAUAUGAGAAACUUGUAAUUAUAUAUACACGUAUGAUAAAGCAUGUGUCUCGUGUUUUUUAAAGAAACAAAGUCAGUGUGUGUAUACCACGUGAUAAAUUGCGUCAUAGAUGCUUCGACGGAAGGCAAUAUUUUGUUUCGAAUAAAGACUUCAAUCAAAGAUAACUUCACCUUUUCUUUAAAUUAAACAUAGCGCAGUUUGCUCCGCUUACGGAGCCUCGCCUUCGGUCUUUUACCAGAGUUUGAUUGAGAGUUUAGUUUCUUAAAACACUUCGACAGACCUUUUCUCAAUAUGGCCGUCUGACGAGCACUGCCAAAACAUAAUUUUGGAAACAGGUUUGAUAAAACUAGCUGACUUUUUAAACUCAUGUAAUAAAACGAAGGCGGGGCUCCUUUAGCGGCAUUUUGUUUCAUUUAAAAUGGUGUUGUAAGAGAAAAGUUAUCUUUGUUUAAAGUCUUAAUUUUAAGCAAAAUGUUGCCUUCCGAGUUUCAUAUAUGACGUAAUUUAUCACGUGGUAUACACACACUGAAAGUCCAUGUCGUUUAGAUUUUUUUUUAAUUUAUGAUGUGAACGUUUGACCAUUUUAAUGAUUUAUAUUGGUUUCCACGUCCAUGUAAUAAUUUACGAAAAGCCUUAGUCUGAGUCGAGCCUCGAGACCCGAAACUGUGAAUGAUUUCUAAUUGCACAUUUCUUUUCAUAAAAUCGACGACGGUGAAACGUGUUGUAUAUAUCAUCAAAAACCUGUUAUUAACACAGAUGUUGUGGAAAGAUGUAUAUAUCUAUGUAUUUCAUAACAUUUUAAAAUUGCUAUUUCGAGUCUUCGUCUAGAGGGUUCUGUUGCCAUUUCGCUGAUAGGAAAUUCUUCAAAACAUUGAAUUCAUCCCAUGAGAGGAAGAUAACUGAACAGUUAACCAUGCAGAUGGAGAUGACCCUUUAUCAUGUGUAUACAUCUUUUAGUCAUUGUGCUUUUGUUGUUGUGUGUGUACAUUUCAUUUGAUAUAAUGGUUUUUGGUAAUUGUCAAAAACACAUGAAGUUUAUUAUUAAAUCAUUUGUAUAAUUUGCAAUUUGUAGUCUUUUUAGGAUUAUUUUUGCAUGUACAGUUACUUUAUUCCGCAACAUUACACGUGUUGUAAGAACACGUAUUUAGAGUGUCAGUUCACUAAUAAAGCGCAUAAACAAU